AAUUCCUAAUAUACCUUUUAUGGUCGAAAAUCCCUAAACCCUUCGUAGAGGUUUCUCUGACCAAACCCAGUUUCGGACCGUCACCAACUGCUGUGUUCAAACUGUAAGCAUCUCAUCACCGACUGAACCCGAGAUGAGGUAGUCGCGGCGAGGUGGGGGAGGGAGGGUUUGGUGGUGGCAACUGUUGUGUUGUAGUACCUCAUCACCGACUGAACCAGAGAUGCAGCGGCGAGGCGAGGUGGGGAGCUUGCAAUUGAACAAACCGAAUAGGAUUUCUAUCUUCUUCUUCUCUGCAAUCAAACAAAUUGAACAGGGAUUUCUCUCUCUUCUUCCCCGUCUCUGCAAUCGAACAAAACCGAACCCUUGUCCCCUGUCCUAAAGCGAUUACAAGUUCCCUCUUCUUCGUCUUCUAUUUGUCUUCUCUACAAUCGAACAAACCGAACAAGGCUCUCUCUCAUUGUUGAAGAUGCUAGAUGUUUACAAGUUCUCUGAUCAGGGUCAAAGCGAGAGGGGUAGGGGUGGGCAACUUCUGGGGGCAGUGCGAUUUUGUCGGUGGUUCUCAUCGGACACAAGCGACUGAGACUAACUCUGGAACCCUAGAAGGAGAACGAAGGAGAAGCUUAGAAACCAUGGUGAAGCUUGGUGAAGCUUCUUCACCUAUAAAGAGUCAUUCCAGAAAUAAUGGUGCAGCUUCUAGAAUAAAACUGAUCGAAUCAUGGUGAAGCUUCUUCACCUGUAACCAUGAUCGUCUGAUCACAUCUCAAAUCAACGAUACAAAGACUUGAAUGGGCCUUUGUAAAGAGUCAUUCCAGAAAUCUCUUCGGACACAUCAUAGCCAAUAUAAUAACCUCUUCUCUUGUCAUUAACGUGAUCUCUUCCUCGAUUGAUCAGCCUUCUUUUCUAUCCAAGUCAGACUACUAAACCCCUUCCUAAAGCGAUUACAAGUCCCCUCUUCUUCAUCUUCAUUCAUCUUUUCUACAAUCGAACAAACCGAACAGGGCUCUUUCUCCUGCUUCCUUUCCAUUGUUGAAGAUGCAAGACGAUUACAAGUUCUCUGGUUAGGGUCAGAGCGAGAGGGGUCGGGCAACUUUCGGGGGCGGUGCGAUUUUAUUGGUGGAUCUCCUUUCUCUGACACAAGUGGCUGAGACUAACUCCGGCAAAACUUAGGAAACCUAGAAGAAGAACUGAGUAGCUUCGAACUUCGGUAAAGUUGGAAACCUAGAAGAAGAAUGAAGGAGAUUUUGAAUUUGAUUUAAAGGCAAAAUAGACAUUUCAACGCUUAAUCAAUUAAGUAAAGGGUAGUUUAAGAAAUUUACCCUAAAAAAAAGUAGUUCCUUGGGAAAGAGUUAUUGGGUUUAUAUUUGGCAAACUUAACGGGCUAACCCUCGCGGCUCCCCCUCUCGACUUUGGAGAAAUAAGAAUAACAAGGUCCUGCAAUGGCAGUAAACAAGCAAAUUCCUCCACAGUUCGACCUAAAUGCGAAAUGGGAUGAAUGCCUUGAUCUAACCGUCCGUCGAUUUGUCUACUCUUCCUUAGCUGGAGCUUUUGGCGGUCUCCUACUCUUCAGGAAUCCUGUCACACGAUGGGCAUCUGUAGCUUUUGGUGCUGGAGUGGGUAUUGGAUCAGCAUACAACGAAUGUUGUCAUAAAUUGGAAGGUUCACCAACGUUGGUGUCUCCUAUAAUUUUAGAGGCUGCUACUGUGCAGCACGAACAGGACUGAGAUAAGAGGCUGGUGGAGUAACUCCAGAGCUGUCGGCGUUUGUCAAUUCAUGUAGUUUUAUUUUGUUCAUCUUGAGAAUGUCGGAUUUUUUAAUGGGUUCUGUCCGGGUACCCUGAUGGGUCAACCGUCACUGAAUAUGCCUAGAAAGGUCUUACAUACCCUAGCCCUCUUUUAAAGGGAAAAAACAAAACUGUAUCCUGAAUGUCCAAGUUAAGCGCCCCAAAUUUAGAAUGCAUUUUGGGGUAUUUUACGCAAGUUUUAAAGCAUUGAGCCAUCGAUACAUAUAUCGGCCUAUACAGUCCAAUUGUAUUUUUUUUGUUAAAACGGUCCAAUACGUAUUAGAUCUAGAAUAACAGACACUUGGCAUAAUAGGAAAAUAGGAGUUUCGAAAAAGUUAUUUAGCAUCGACACGGUAUCAAUGAGUGUAUCUCUAUGUAUCACAUUCUUGUGAAUGGAAGUUGGUUGAAAUUUUGUCAA